CAAAUUCUUAGUUGAACAUGAAAUUCCUAAAAUUCAUAUUUAUUUAGAAAAAAAAAGAAAAAGAAAAGGAAAAAAAAGAGAAAACCAAUUUAUAAAUGGUUUCAAUGCCACUAAUUUUCUCUCGCUCUGAUUGGCCGCCGGCUCGCCAAUAAGAGUCGCGGAGAGUGCACAUUGCAAAGGGACGGUCCACACCUUGCACUACAAUGUUGCAACUUGGCGCCUAGUACGAGCGUCCCGAUUGGCCAAGAGCGUUCGGCAAGUGGGUCACGUGGGCCGCGACGCGGGCUGCAAUUGGCCGAGUCCGCGUCCCUUUAACCGCCGCGCGCACGUCAUAGAACCCGCGGUCACGUGACUCGGGCCGGCGGCCAUCUUGGCAGUUUUCCUCGACGGAGGUAAGGAAGAUCCGUGACGUCGGGGCCCAAAUAAACACAGAGCGUAUGUGAAGAAUUUCCACGCGAGAACGGUUAAUCGGCCGUCGGAGCGGAGCGGAGCCUGUCCCAGCUUGGCAUUUGGUGCUGCUAACGAGCGGCUGAGAUCAUCGGCACCCAUGGAGGCCGCGCUCGAGGAGCCGCUGGUCAAGGACCCUGCCCGCGACGGUCCUGACAAGCUUGGGAUAGAUAAUUUGAUUCCCAAUGGAGUUCACGGAAAGUACGACGAUGAGAGCGAAAAGUUGGUCGACUCCAGCGACGAUGCAUGCGAUGCUCGGCCCGAGAGCAUAGCGGGUGAAGAGGAUAAGCACAAUGACGAGGAAGACGAGGAGGAGGAGGAGGAGGACGAAGAGGAGGAGAUGGAGGUGGAAGAUGGUCAGGGAAGCGGACGGACCAGCGAAGUCGAUAAAGGAGUAGAUUCGAUGGACGACGUUCCCGAUGAAGAGAGGACCGACGAGGAUACUCAUCAGGAAAUGGAAAUUACAGAGGCAUGUGACGACUACAAAGCGUCCGAGUCAGACGACGGUGUCAGUGAGCAAAAUAACGCGAGUGAAGUGUCAAAAACCAACAGCGAGUGUCAAGACGUCAGGAGUGAACCAAUGGAUGUCGACGCUCAGAGUAAUAACUCGGAUGUCGAAUGUUUAGAUGAAUCCGUGACGGAAGUACACUCCGAUACGGAUGAUGUAUUUGCGAUAGAGAAAUCAACCGACGAGGUAGACAGAGAUAAAUCAGGUAGUAGCGACGUUCAAUUUAACGACAGUAGUACAAUAGCUGAAAGCACUUUAGACACGUCCGACGUGAAGAUCUGCGAGGAGAAUGGAAGUUGUGGCAGUCCCGAUAUCGAAGAGAUUACAGAUACCGCUAAAAGCAACGGACGAGCUGCUUCAUCGCAAGACCAGUCACCGGUCAAGGAUCCCCCCAAGAAGAAGGCUCGAAAGCAGAUAGAUCUCAGCACCAUUACUCCGAGGCGUAGCUCUCGCAACAUUAAAAGGACUAGCUACAUAGAAAAGGAAAUCGAGGAGGAGGAGAUAGACGACGACGGUUCCGAUAUAGAGGAGAUCAAGCCGGAGGAUCCUCUGGGUGGAGUCGACACAAAGGACAAAGAGAACUCGAAAACAAAGAGUCCGAUAAAGAACAGCAAGACCACCAUCGUGGUCAGCGACACUAAACGGCUCGUGGAAAUAGCUGCUGGCAGUAAGUCCUCCAAAGGUGGCAAGAAAGAGCCGACGUUAGUGAUCAUAGACACUAAUUCGAUUCUCUCAGGAAGAGGUGGCGUGCCCGUGGGCAAGUCUCACCACUCGAGCUCCAGCUCGAGUUCCUUCUCGGUGGUUCCUAUGGGUAUCUCGGCGGCACAGACCAUGUACCCUAAUAUGAGAACGACCAUAACUCCGGUCCCCUUGCCGAGUAAACCUCCACAGCUGAAUCCCAAGCCAAGCCAAAUCGCGACGAUCACGCCACCGGUUCCUCCGAUACUGCCAACCCUUACGGACGACAUGUUCGUCGUCGAAGCGCCGUCCUUCAUAGUCCCUUACGUAUACGAGAAGCCUCCUAUAAAGCCUCUCAAGGAGUUCGUGUCGAAGCUGGAGAAGAGCAUCGAGGAGUUCGAGAAGGAGGAGAAGCUGAGAAAGGCCGAGGAGAAGAGGAACGAGGACUCGGACUCCCUGGAAGGCGGCAAAGCCGACGAGAGCGAGAACGAGGGCAGCGUGAAGAGCAAGAAAGAUAGCGACGAGCUCGGCGACGGAGUGGACAUCAUCGAGAAGGGCUUGCCGGGCGUCGAGGAGAAGCCCGAGGACCGGAACAGAGUCCCCACGUACUUCGACCUCCCUCUGGGGAAAUUCUUCAUGCAGAUCGGCGUCAACCUCGUCCAGGAAUUCGUCCAGACCGACCUGCUGCGCACUCAGAAGCGGAAGCAGGGCAAGGGGUCCACCUCGGCGGAGACUCAGCUCGCCAUCAACUCCCUCAUCAAAAAUCUGGAGUUCAGCAAAGAGAACAACGAACCAUUCCACUUAGAGAUGAAGAAGUGCGAGUUCUGCAGCUUCAAGACGGAGUCUGCUCUGGUGAUGCAGCAUCACCUCGAGACACCCCACAUGCGAAAUUACGUGUACAAGUGCAACUUCUGUCCCCUGGAGGUGCGCAGCCCCCACGAUAUACUGUUUCACAUGGAGGCCGAACACAAUACCCGCGGUAGAUUAGAACGAGGACCUGCCUUCCAUCAGUGCCCCAAUUGUCCAUUCGAGGAUAACCAGAAGGGCAAGCUGACUCGUCACGUCCUGGCUUGCACCAAGAAGUUCAGACCGGAGCGUAACCUGGAACCAGCCAACGACUGGGAGCCUCCUGCCAAGAUCCCCAGACUGAACAGACCCAGACCUGUCGGGCCUACCAACUCCAUGGCUGCCAACCUGGCGAUGGCUAUGAGCAGUAAAGGUCCCCAACCAUUGCUGCCAAAACUCCUGCCAGCUCCUGUACCUGGACGUGGUCGUGGACGUCCUCCGAUGCAACCUAGGUAUACGGAUCUCAAGACUCUGCGUCCUGGAAGCUCCCCGAUACGACAAGACAACGUUGCAGGUAUGAUGUACCGACCAACGUCUUCAGGGCUGCUGGUGCCAACUACGUACCAGUUUGGCAGCAACCAAAUAUUCCAGAACACGUCGUCUAGCUCGAAAAAUCCCACGGCGAAGCUAUUAAGCCAGCCGAGUAUAUCGAUAACCCCAUUGCCGCGCACCACGUCGCAAACUCCGAUUUCAGGAUCGGGAAGCUCAGCGAAGCCUGGUGGCAAGAACACAUUUGUCAUAUGUGAGAUUUGCGACGGAUAUAUCAAGGAUCUAGAACAGCUGCGGAAUCACAUGCAGUGGAUCCACAAAGUUAAGAUUCAUCCAAAGAUGAUUUACAAUAGACCCCCGCUGAACUGCCAAAAGUGUCAGUUCCGAUUCUUUACGGAUCAGGGAUUGGAAAGACACUUGCUUGGAUCUCACGGACUCGUCACGUCCAGUAUGCAGGAGGCUGCAAAUAAAGGAAAGGACGCGGGACGUUGUCCAGCCUGUGGCAGGGUGUACCAGUGGAAGCUGUUGAACCACGUGGCGCGCGACCACGGAAUGACCCUGAAGCCGGCGCACUUAUCAUACAAGUGCACGGUGUGCACCGCGACAUUCGGCAUGUACAAGCAGUUCGAGAACCACGUGUACUCAGCCCACAGCGUGGUGGCGAAGCGGGUGAUGGACAAGAAGAACGCGCCCUCGUCGCCCUCCUCAAGAUCGAACGACUCGCUGCUUAAGCCGCUCAAGAUCAACGACGAGAUCACUAUAAUACCGCAGCCGGCCAAGCCGACCACCAGGUCCGCCGGGGUCCAGGGGAGAGCGAAAUAGCAAUGAUCGGCCGAGUGAUGCCAGCGCGGGCUGCCCUCGCCCAGGACGACACGCAACCUCGCGGCACUCCGUUGAGUAGCGCCGCAAGCCGUCGGGGGCGCCACCGAAGCCCCCGGGCCCGGCAGCGGAGGCCGAGCCGCGCGUGUACAUGUGUAUGCAUAUAACUAAUGCUUAAGGGACACGGGGAGGGGACUCCGGGCCCUCUCGGGCCGGUGGAGGGGGGCCGCGGGGCCCUCGGGCCGCGAAAUGGCCUCGCUCCCUCCUUGGGCCCGCCGAUCGAGCCGAAGAGACGCGGGAGGUGUAUCGGCCCGCCGGAUGGGACCCCCGGGCCCGAUCCCCCGAGGACGCAACUCGAGGAAAGAGGGGUGGGGCCGAGGAGAUGGCUCCCCCUGGCCGCGCGGUCCCUCGAUCGAUCGCCAGUGCCGACUUGUAUAUUUAUUUAAAAGCGAGGAGUCUCUCGAGUCGCCGGACUCCGUCGCGGGAGGCGGGGCCGAGGGGCCUCGCCGCUGCAGCGGCGCCCGGGCGAGUCCGAGGGACGGGCCUGACCCCCACGCGGAGUCGCGUUUGCCGUAACGAUAUACAUAUUAUAAAUAUACAUAAUAUAAAUAGCCAUGCCGUGCGUAUAUCUCUGUCACUGUCCGAUCUCUCGUUAAGGCCCGAGAGGGGGGAAGGAGGAGGACGCCCCCGGGAGCGAACGACGGGGCCCUGUCUCUCGUAGCUGCGAACGAUCUAUCCGGCGCCGUCGCCUCGACCGGUCGGGGAGGCCAGAGGGAACGAAGAUUGCCCCGAAGAGGUGCUCUCGCCACCUCGCCGCUGGACGAAGUCGGGAAGUAGGAUCGUCGGGUCCCCUCCGACUCGUGCUCGGACGCGUGUGCACGUGUGAGGCGCAGCGGUGCGCGCACUUGGCGCGCGGACUCUACCUUGUGUAUACGGCCCUGGCCGGGCGCGCCUUCGCGGCCCGCCCUGGGACAAGGGCGGCGUCGCCCAACGCGAGAUCAAAAGACUUUUUUCCCUCCGGGACUCUUGGGGCGGUGUCUCUCCCAGGGCCUUGCAAUUAACACCGCUACGGAUUCAACUGCACCUUAUAUAUUUUUCUAACGAAUUAAUUAGUGAAAUUCUUUUCCUCCGUGACCCCCCGCCACCCCCCUCCCAACCUGACCCGAGAGAGGUGGAGGAGAGAGUUCGAGAAAGGCCGAUUAUUUCCGAUAAUCUCGGCGCACGGGGGAAAUUAACGGGUCUCGGCGGCGUUUCUUGAUGUCGUUGGUUUCGGAUACGCUUUCAUGGUGUCUUAACUUCCUUCUCUUUCUGUGCGACGAUGAGUAGGGGAUGCGAGGAAGUGACUUUUUAUGGGGGGUUAGCGUCUUAGUUUCUGACCGUUUUUUUUUUUUUCCUCCCCAAUCUGUGGUGGGAAAUGUUUGAGAUUUUCUGACGUGGAUAUCUCGAGCCCAGGGAUCGUUUACGGAUGGAGGUAAUUUCAUUCGAUCGAAGGGGAAUUCGUGCGAUAAUUACUCUUGUUUCUAGGCGCCUUAGGAAAGAGAAAAAAAAAGAAAUUGGCGAUGGGGCUUCGUACGUCGCGUAUGACCGAGUCGUUAUAGGUUUUAGCCUCUUUAAAUGUCUUUAAAUAUCGUCGAGUACAUAUCUUCAAAUAUGUAUAUUUAAAUAUACACGAUAUAGAUGUUACGUCUUUAAA